CAGAGUGUGCAAGAAGAAAAGAGUUUAUUUCUGGAGCUUUCUGAUCUUACGUUUUAUUUGGCCCCAAAGAAGGCGGUGGCCCGGUCAAGCUUCCAUUUCCCGCGCUUUUCUCCAUCUUUUUGUUGGAUGAUCAGGAGAAGCCCUAGCUUUUGCUUUUCAAUGGAUGGAGGUGGAGGCAGAGGAUCUCCAGAUAUAGAAGAAGAAGAUGAUUCCGCGGCUGAUCUAUUGAGAGACCGAUUCAGACUCUCCGCGAUCUCUGUCGCCGAAGCUGAAGCGAGGAGAAACUGCAUGGAAAUAUCUGAACCGAUAGUAGCUUGCAUCACCGAUUUGGCCUUCAAAUAUGCAGCAGAGCAGCUGGCAAAGGAUCUUGAGCUGUUUGCACAGCAUGCUGGCAGGAAAACCAUCAAUAUGGAGGAUGUCAUACUUUCUGCACAUAGAAAUGAAGAUUUAUCUAGUUUAUUAAGGUGUUUUUCUGAGAACCUGAAAGCCAAAGAACCCCUUGGUGAGAGGAAGCGGAAGAAGGGAUCUAAAAAGGAAGAUAAAGCUACUAGUAGUGUUGUGCAUAUUCCUGAUCUUUAGCUCAACCUUUUCUGCAGUAAGUACACCUUAAAUCAGCAGUCUCUCUAAAGUCUGCAAUCUGGAUUCAUAACUGAGAUAGACUUUAAUAUUAGCAAACAUUUUUUUGUGGACUCGUCUUUGCAUGGACUUUCCUAUGCAAGCAAAUUGUAUUCCCAUUUGAUGGUCAAAAAACAUAUACCAUUUCCAAUUUUUGUUGUAGCCACACAUUAUCAUUAUUCAUGAAAUUUGUGAA